UACAUUACCAGUUCAGGAGAGCAGCUUUAGGGCUAGUGUCCGUUUAAAAGAGUUUCCCCUGUUCACUAGAAUUUCGUUUGUUUACAGUAGGCUAUAUUUUUCUGAGUGGUGUUACACAGUGUCCGAAAGAGAGGAGGCAGUCUGCUGUCAUGUAUUCAGUGUCUGGCGUACAUUUGGGGGAGGGGGCUCACUGGAAAACAAGAAUGUGAAUUCAUAACGCUGCGAACCAGGAAGACGGACAACAUGCAUCCAGCAAACUUCAGUUUCGGUGUGUGAAGAGUAUUGGCGCUUUCUCUUUGAAUUAAAGUAAUGGAUUAAACCGUUAAAAUCGAAAAUAUUUAACGCGGACGACACCCCCCUCCCUUCAAACAAAGGUCAAAGUUCACAGGAAGCUGGGGGGCUGCCAUUUUUCCCCCUGCUAACAUGUUAGAUGCUAAAAAGGCGAGGAGUGGUGGUCGCUGCUGAGUGCUUCUGUUUAUUGGGUGUUUGCCAUCCGUUUGUGUUCGUCUACCUCUUCCGUCGUGUGCGUUAGGCUCGGUUGUUGAAUGAAGGCGGUAUGGAGAAGACAGAACAGCCGUGGAAUUCCUCCUACACGUACCAGGUGAGCAAACACAGCGCCGAGAUGCUACACAACCUCAACAGCCAGAGAAAAGAUGGUGGCAGGUUUUGUGAUGUUAUCUUGCGCGUCGGAGAGGAGAGCUUCCCCGCGCACAAGGCGGUGUUGGCGGCGUGCAGCGAGUAUUUCGAGUCGGUGUUCAGUUGUCAGACGGAAGACGACGGCCAAGGCAAAGAGCUGGAGAUGCACACGAUCAGUCCCAAAGUUUUCCGAGACAUCCUGGACUUCGCGUACACCUCCAAGAUCGUGGUGCGCCUGGAGUGCUUCCCGGAGCUGAUGACCGCGGCGAAGUUUCUGCUCAUGCGAUCUGUCAUCGAGAUCUGUCAGGAGGUUAUUAAACAGUCCAAUGUGCAAAUCCUCGUGCCUCCGCCUCGAGGAGGCGAGCACAGCCUGUUCAGGGCCGCGGAGCAGCUGUCAUACCCCCUGCCCGUGGACAUGUCAAACGGGAGCGUGUCCAACGGUGCCGUGUUUACUGACAACAAUGACAGCGACGGUGCGGAUCCGACGCAGCCGAGUAACAGCUCGCAGCCCGGAGCACAAGCGGCCGAUCACUUAGCGGUUUCCCCGUUGGAGUUUCCCAGCAGCCACCUCAACAGCGACGGCUCCAAGCGAACCAGAGGGAGACCCAAAAAAGAGCCCACAACAGAGCCGAUCUCCUACAAUAAUAGCACUGCUCAAAACGAAGACGGGGGCCUUUUCUCGUGCGGGGUUUGUGGCAAGAUUUUUCCCGACGACGUGCAGUUGAGAAACCACGAGACUCAACACGGGACGUUCACCGGCGGUGUGAGCAGCGGAGCAGAGCUGGUCGCAGUGGACGGCCCGACGAUGACCAAUCAUUCCCAGUCGAGGUUUCAGGAGAACGGACUGCCGGCGGACAACCGUAAGCGCGAGAGGACGAGACGACACGUCGCGUGUGAUUUAUGCGGGAAGGUCUUCCGAGACGUCUACCACCUGAACCGGCACAAGCUGUCACAUUCGGGCGAGAAACCGUAUGCGUGCCCGGUGUGCGGGCUGCGCUUCAAACGCAAGGAUAGGAUGUCUUACCAUGUGCGCUCUCACGACGGCUCGGUGGGUAAGCCGUAUGUCUGUCAAAGCUGCGGGAAGGGAUUCUCCAGGCCAGACCAUCUGAAUGGACAUAUUAAACAGGUGCACACCACAGAGAGACCUCACAAGUGUCAGAUUUGCAACGCAUCCUUCGCAACACGAGAUCGCCUGAGGUCGCACCUGGCAUGCCAUGAAGAUAAGAUACCAUGUCAAGUGUGUGGGAAAUUCCUCCGUGCUGCCUACAUGACCGACCACUUGAAAAAACACAGUGAAGGACCUCAUAACUACUGUGGAAUAUGCAACAAAGGUUUUUCUACUGCCUCCUACUUAAAGGUGCACGUAAAAACGCACCACAGCUCGUCCAUGCUCCCUUCCUCUGCAGCACAUCAGUUCCCUGAACCACGCACCAACAGACCACAGAUGCACAACGGCGCCCCCUACCACUCAGGACGCCAGUGCGCAGUGGAAGACCUUUGCACCAGUCGCCGACUCCUGGUUACCUUUCCUGAGACAGAGGGGUCUUUUCGGGGGCUAACUGGGCCAGUUCUACCCCAGCCUGUGCCUCCGGCCCUGGGCCUGCAGCCUGAGCUGCUCCUGGGCAAGCCAGGUCCAACUCCCUAUUUCUGGGAGUGCCGCUCUUCUGGAGCACCAGGGUUUCCACUUCAUGGACCUCUUACAGACGGACAGGAGAAUGCUGGGAAAUGCCCUCAUCAGGAUUCUGAUGGAUCAGAUGCAGUUUUCGGUGACCUUUCCAACGGAACGGACCUCAAGGCUGAACACAAAGUUGAGGGAGAAGAAAUGGAGGUGACAUCUUUCAUCUUCAACGGCCAACCUGAAGACAUCGUGACCUCGCCGGGGGGAUCCAAAGACAUUCAAAAAACAGACCACGAAAAGAAGUUUGCCUGUGGCGAAUGCGGCCAGACUUUCCGCACAAAGUCUUACCUCAACAAGCACCAUCACCGGGUUCAUAAGAAACGCGCUGCGGCCGGCUCCGGUCUUGGUGAUCUCGGCUCGCCCUUUUCCCCCCAACAGAACAUGUCACUUCUUGAAUCCUUUGGUUUUCAGAUCGUCCAGUCAGCCUUUGCCUCUUCACUAGUGGACUCUGAGAUGGGCAGCAGUGGAAUGGGUUUAGGGGAGAAAUGACCCCUUUGAAAUUCAACCAUUUCUUAUAACCUUAUUGGACAACCAAACUUCGAUAACUGCGAGUUUAGUCUGUUGUUUCAUUCUCCUUGACGCCAUAUGUAGACUACUUUUGUUUUGAAUUUUUUUUCUUUUCUUUUUUUCUUUUCUCACUGUUAUAAUGUUUGUUAUUAUUUUGACUUUGCUAUUAUGGAUGCCAUUUCGAUUCCAUCUUGGUGUGAAGCAGCUAAUCUUUUUAUUCCACUUUUGACAAAUCCUCAAUUUCAUAGGUCUAUCUUGAAAAAAAAAAAAAUCUUACUUUUGAAAUGUAUGUUUAUCACGUGUUUUUCUGCUUCCAGAUGGGUGGUUUGAGGAUGAUGUUCGCUUUAAAAGACAAACUGAUGCCCUAAACAUUUUCAGAAUGUACCUCUAGGUUAUUCGUGUCCAGACUUACACAGUGAGCAUUACAAAUUGAAAAGAGGUUUUUAUAAUCAGAAAACACUGAGAUGGAGUCAUCUGUGCAACUGUUCUAGUCCAAUGACAGAAAACCUACAGCAACUUGUUAUAAAACUUAAAUGUUGUAGUCUUUUCCUCUAUGAAUUACUUUGAUAAAUAUUUAAAUCCUUUAAAACUUUAGGCCAAUAAUGGCUGUUAUCUCAUUAAUUGUUUUUAUUUUGUGGUUUGUUUCUUUGUUUAUCAUUGAGAGAGAUCUGAGACUGAUUGUUUUGGGUCACAAAAAGUAUGUCAGUUUUAAAUGUCCAACAGGGACCAAUUUCAGGUUUCACUGUAAGAUACAGCAAGAAGCAAAGAAUAUAUUUUAUUAACUUAUUGAUACCGGUGUCCAAGUCUCCUUUACGAAAAGGUAUAUAUUGAGUUUUGUUGCAACGUGCUAUUUUCUUCUUGAAUCAUGCAGCCGACAGGAGGACAGCGUGAGAGUGAUGACGUAUAUGUGUGUGUACACGUGUGAAUGCUGCAGUCUCUCCGAUGUCUUUUAUCUCUAGAAUGUAACUUAAACAGAGGGCUUUCUAAUCUUUUUUUAAUAUAUCAGAGUUUUUCUAAGUUGUUCAGUACAUUCCUGCUUAACUUAAAGUCACUAUACAUGAUGUUAUAUAUAUAUAUAUAUAUACAAAUAUGUAUGUGUGUAUGGCCAUUUAUGUUAGUUUAUGUGAACAGGAUUCUUGUAUAUAGGUACUUUCCUUGGCCUUGUGGAAUGAAUGGAUUUUUUUCUUUUCUUUUUUGGAAGAGUAUGUUUUAAGAGAAUUGUUUUAAGUUGAUACUGACAAAUCCAUACUUUUGUUGUGUCUUUAUUAUUAUGCAAGUAUUUGGGUGUGUGUUUGGUGUUUGCCUGUUCCUCUUACUCGAAAUGCAGUGUUAAUGCUGGUUACCUUUCCUUAUUUUACCCUGCAGGUUAUUAGUAUAAUGUACCGUGAACUUAUUUGGAGUAUUUUUCGAAUAGCAGUUUGAAUAAUAAUGCAGAGGUGUUGCAAGCGGUCACUCAUGAUUUAUACUAUCAAUGACGAUAUGUACACACACACACAAAAAAAACUAUUUUCUUUUUUUGCAAAACAAGUACACAUUUUAUUAACAUGUGUACUUGUUCGACUUAAUGCUUUUAUUGUGCAGCUGUAAAAACCUGCAGGUCCUUGCAGCUUACUUAUUUGACUAAUCAUUGCUAAUAUCAGAUCAUAACAUCUGUUAAUUGAUUGGAAUUUAACGUUUCUAAUAGUAAAAAUCAUUGUCUGCCCAAUAAGUGUGAUCUGAAUUUUUGAAGCCCUUAUUUAUUUUACAAAUUUGAAGUUGUAAGGAAUUCAGUUAUUUUAUUGUUGUUAUUUGUUCGUCUUGUAUGGUGUUCUGGCUUAUUACAUCACUGGAAACAUUUUUUUUGUUUUGUUUUCUUGCUUGUGUAUUUGUAUAUUUGUAUGUUGCAAAGUGCCUUCCCAAUACUGAUUGUGAACAGAGAUGGGUAGGAAAAAUCUGUCAUUUAAAGGACCUAUCUUAUAAAAACCAUAUACAAACAGAGUUGCAUUGACACUUUUGUAUAAAGACAUGCACAUAGAAAAGUGUACAUUUGUACAUGUUUGGUAUUCUACCCUUUUGUUUUCUGACAAAUUGUUGUUUCUCUGCAAUUUAUGUCACAACGUUGAUCAAUUUUUUGACAUUUGGAUAUAAGCAUACUUUUCUAUUGAUGUUUGUUUUUGUACACUGUUUUUGUGUCUCUGUCUAUUUGGUACAGAGAUGGGUAUAAAAUAAAACUGUAUUUGAGAAUUUU